UACAUAUACAAUUUCUUCAUUCGGCUUGGAUGGGCAACGGAAUGGGAUCAGUUUGAGGCAGUCACGCCAUAUGGUUCGAAAACAUUCCGGAAUUUGAUUGUAACCAAUGGUGUGAAAGCACCGCGGCGUUUGGUGCUGGCCUGUCACUAUGAUUCGAAGAUUCUGCCAGGACGGGUAAUGAUUGCGGCUUCGGACUCGGCUGUUCCAUGUGCUAUGAUGAUGGAUAUUGCAAAAUCGCUCUCACCUUAUAUGUAUAAACGAGUCGCACAGGAUAUAGCGCUACAACUAAUCUUCUUCGAUGGUGAAGAAGCGUUUGUAGACUGGACCGAAACUGAUUCUCUCUACGGAUCUCGUCAUCUUGCCAAGAAGUGGGAAACCAAAUGGUAUCCCACUACAACUGGCACAAACUUUGAACUGAGUCGAGAAAUCGAUAGGAUAGAUGUGCUUAUGCUACUCGAUCUCCUUGGAACUGCAAAUCCUACUAUAUCAAAUACAGUGGGACUAGGAGCAAACCAACUGUUCGACUAUUUGCCCAAAAUUGAAGCGGAAUUACGCCAAGUUGGUUGUGCCAAUGUACCUCGUAAUGUAUUCUAUGGAAGUUUGUCGCCCCAUGCUGUGGAAGAUGACCAUAUUCCAUUCAUGAAGCGGGGAGUGCCCAUUCUCCAUUUGAUCCCAGUUCCAUUCCCACACGUGUGGCAUACUGCAGCAGACAACGAGAAGGCGCUGCAUUAUCCGACAAUCUAUCAUAUGACAUCCAUACUCAGAGUAUUUGUGGCGCGAUAUCUAGGAAUCGCCCCCUUAUGA